GACGCUGACGGAGACAUCGCCAAUGAAUUGUGAGCAGGGUUUCCACAAAAAUACAGGCCGAGGCCGAGGCUGAUAACAUUAUAUUGAUUUUUCAAAACGUUUGUUGAACCAAUCAGAGUUGAACUAUUUUUAAAGGGUGAGGUUGUCUGGUUUUUCGAAGCUAGUGCAAAUUAGAUCUAAAUGUGAAGUGAUAGAUAACAUAUAUAUCUUUGGCGAGCGAGAGCUCGCGGGAUCGUCUGAUGCAGGUGGCUACUCUUUUCCGUGAGUCCACCACCUUGCUGGGAGAGACCAUGGAAUCGGGCGGAGGCGGAGGCGGAGCACCAUCGGAUACAGCACCUGGACCAUUAUCUUACGAUAACUAUAAUCACCCGCUCAACUUUCAAAACAAAUAUAAACUGAACAUGAAAUUGGAGCCACAUGAUGAUGGUUAUGAAACAAGCGCAGAUAUGCUCUUGAAUCCUGCUAACAUUAACCAUAAUCAUGAGGUAAAGAGAGAGAAAAUGGACGAUCCUUACAGUUUUAUUGAUGAUGAUCCCAUUCCGAUGCUUCCAUCAGCUCAAGGUCCUCCUCAUAUGAUGCACCCAUUACCUCCUCUAAACAACCAAAUUUUGCCUGGGCCAAAGAAGAGAGGGAGAAAGAAGAAGAUAAAACCAGAACCAGGAGAGUUCAAUCAAGAGUUAAAUGGAGGCAUUCCUCGGCCUGUAAAAGAACGGAAAAAACACGACCGUUUUAAUGGGAUGCCUGAAGAGGAGGUGUCUAAAAGGACUCUACCUGAUCAUCUUACAGAAAACUUAGAUAUUAUUAUUAUUGGUAUAAAUCCUGGGCUUUUCGCUGCAUAUAAAGGACACCACUAUGCCGGUCCAGGAAACCAUUUUUGGAAAUGUCUUUAUUUAUCUGGUUUAACCCCCCAACAAAUGUCGGCUGAUGAAGAUUAUAAAUUGCUGCAGGUUGGCAUAGGCUUUACAAACAUGGUGCAACGUGCCACGAAGGGGAGCGCAGAUUUAACUCGAAAGGAAAUUAAGGAGGGUAGCCAAAUUCUUUUAGAAAAAUUAAGAAAAUUCAGGCCUAAAAUUGCCGUGUUCAAUGGCAAAUUAAUUUACGAAGUUUUUUCUGGGAAGAAAGACUUCAAGUUUGGUAGACAACCAGAUUUAGUUGACGGGACAAAUACACAUAUGUGGGUUAUGCCAUCAUCGAGUGCGAGAUGUGCGCAACUUCCAAGGGCAGCGGAUAAGGUUCCCUUUUACGCUGCCCUAAAGAAGUUUAGGGAUUACUUAAACGGCCUCAUUUCCGAGGUGGACGAAAACGAAAUGGUGUUCAGUGAGCCGAAAGUCAAGUCGUGCUACGAAGCUGAACCCAAAGCCGACCUCUAUCCAUCAGAACUAACUGACAUUAGCAAUGCUGUGAUCAAAAACGAGGAUGGUACAAUAAUAGCGUGUAAGAAGAAGAGGGGCAGGCCGAAAAAGAUCAAGGUGGAGGGAGAGGAGGCUCCGCCGAAAGCGGUGGUGAGGAAGCCGGCACCGCCGCAGAAUAGCAACAGCUGUGAUUUCCCAAAGAAGAAGCGGGGCCGGCCGAAAAAGGUGAAAAUGGACGGCGCGGACGGUGGCCGUGCCGAGAGCAGCGCUCCCGCCAGCCUGGCACCCUGCUUCUCUAGUCCCUCGCCUAACAGCUUCUACGCUAUGGGUCCCGCCAUGACGCCUCCCAGCAACGCGGCGCCCAUGUACUCCGCCCAGCCGGGAGGCUACGGCCAGUCGCCGCGACCGGCCUACAGCCAGUCGCCGCGGUUGCAGUACAGCCAGUCGCCGCGGCCACCCUACAGCCAGUCGCCUCGGCCGCCCUACGGCAGCCAGUCGCCGCGGCCUCACUCGCAGCCCUUCACGCACUCGGACCUGAGCUCGGAGAUCAGCGCCGCCAUCAGCUCGGAGCAGCUGGGCUCGCCGGCUUCGCCCGUCGGUCCGCCAGACUUCGAGCCGCCCACCAGCAUGGCGGACGACGCCGAGUGCCGCCUCAGUCCCGCACCCUCCUCCACCAGCGACAACCCGCACCACUACCACAUGAGUCCAGCGCCCUCGACCAACGGAGAGCAGGCGCGCCACUACUACCAGGCGUACAACAUGGACCCACCGCCGCAGGAGGCGCAGUACCAGGGCCAGAAGAGCCAAGACAUCACAUCGAAGAGCCUGUCGGGACUGGAGUCGCUGGUGGACCAGAUCCCCAGCAUAACUGACGGAGAGGCGCCUUUAGGCGAGGCUCCGGAUCAGUACCCUAGCCAGAUGAAUAGUUACCCGGUGGCGUCGACGAGGGCCAGCCCGGUGCCGUACAACUACCCUCCUUCGUCAGGCUACCCCUUGUACCCUACGCCUACUUGGAGCGGGCAUUACGAGCCAAUGCCGCUGGGCUACCCGCAGAUUCCGUACGCGCAGAGCUACGGGCCUGGGAUUCACGUGCCCAAUCCCAAUUAUCCCUAUUACAGUUAUCCUCAGCCCACUCCGCCACAUCCUCCGGGCUAUCCUCCGUAUCUGGGCGGGUUUUGAUCGGUCUCUGUCGCGGUGUUUUCAUGUUGUGUACCUGUAACAUAUGUUCGGCUAGUACCUAGCAAGUCUGUCCGCUUCAGUACAUAGUAUGGGAAAUUUAAGUGACUUUAUAUGUGAAAAGUGAUUUGCAGAAAUAUUUCACAUUAUCGGUGUUCGAUUUUGGUCCAUGUUUGAUCCUUUCUGUUCAACUUAGAUUAAAUAUAGUAAAAGACGCAGCGCGCCAACACAAUAGCGUUGCAAGUUUUGUCUGCGUUAUGAACAAGAAACAACUUUGUUGAGACUAGAGUAGCGUAGUACUCAGACAACGACAAUUGUUUCUAAUGUACAUCUUGCGGACGUUUUAGCUCAGGUAUGCCCUAUCUUUUCAAUAUUUAAUCUAAGGUAGUUGUUCCCACCUUUCCAUUUUUCAAAUGUUGGUCGUUUGUGCAGGUACUUUCCAACGCACAUUGUUUUGUUGCUUUUUGAAAAAAACAAAUGGGAGACUUAGUAAAUGUAGGUAGGAAAUGUAGAUUUUAAGGAGACUUUUGAUUUUGAAUCAAUAUUUCGACACUUUCCCUCUUUAAUAUUUCAAACGUUUAUUAUAGAUUUUUUGCCUUUUACUAUUAUUUCAGAACUGAAAAAUCUGCUACUGGAUUUAGAAUCCAAAGACACAAAUUUGCCUAGCCAAUACGUGUGUUAAGAAGUGUUUUUGUUGUUGUGAGUAAAAGCAAAUUUGUUUAUGAGUAAAGAACCCCUAUGAAGUUUAUGUCCAUGGAUUCUAAACACAUCGGCAUUUUACAAAAAUAUCUUCAAGUUUGUUUAAAUUGCAUUAAAUUACGUCAUUGAAGUAACUAACCACGUCAAAUAUAAUUCGACAAUCUCAAAGACUUCUAAUCUGUAUCUCUCGAACUAAAAUUUCUAAAAAGGCAAAAUAUAUUUACCAAAAAUCUCUAAUAAGCUUUUGUGAAAAACGCUGAAAGUGGCUUUAUUAUGUAUUCAAGUUAAAAGAAUGUUUCAAGAAAAUAUAACUGCGGGGAGCGAAACAAUAAACAUACUGUUUUAUUCCAAAGAUAAGAUAUUUUAAUUCGAUCAAGUGCAGAAUAAUUUUCAUUUGGGUUCUCUUCUCGGUUUAUUUGAACGGUAAAAAGAAUAAUAAUGCGUAAAAUUUUUGGUGUUAUCACUUUUCAAACAUAUUAUCUCUGUAAAUGUUCUACUUUCGAUGUAAAGUUUCCCAUAUUAAACGAUGGUCACUUGCAUUUUGAAACCAGAGACUUGCACAGGGUAAAUGGUGAUAUUUUUUUGUCAUAAGUAUUUUCUCUAAACUUUGGAUGUUAGUUAGGUCGAGGGGUUUGUGCAUUAAUCUACAUUCGGAUCUCAAGUCGAUUGUGUAUGUGUGUUAUUUGAGUGUUCGGCACUGGACUUAUACGUAACGUUUUUCAAACAAACAAAAAAUGCUAUUGAAUUUUUACAUCAGAACGCUGUAUCAUUUCGGAAGAGCUUCGUUUGUUACAUUUGAAAAUCUUUUAGUUCGAUUGGAUUUAAAAGUUAUCAAUUUAGAGCCGCUCUACAUAAUGCAAAAAUAAAUUAGUAAUUAUAGGAGAUUUUACCGAUAUAGGGUUACUCAUUACACCUGAAAAAUGUGAUAAUUUGACAUUAAGGCGACUUUAAAUUCGAAUUAACGUAAUAAGUAAUGUUUAUUUCCAUUUUUUUUUGUGGAAUAUGAACAUAAAAAUAUGGAAAUAAAUCAGACAUUAAAUAUGAUUGCCACGCUUUUUUCUUGGUUAAAUAGUAUUUUUGGUUAUUUUUUACCUACGUUAAUACUUAUAAUAGAGGGCGUAAACGAAUGAAAUGUACUUAUUUACUACGCCCUGUGCAUACAUCAUUUUAGGGUAAGUUUAAGAGUUUAUUUAUAGGUUAAAUUAUAAGGAACUUUAUUAGUUAUUUUGGUACAUAAAAUAUAUUUAUUUAUUUAUGUUAUUUAUUUGGACAACAAGUCUAGUCCAUUCGAUUCUAGUCUGUUUAAGAUUAUAGAAUACUAUUUGUCUUGUCUAUAUCGAAAGUUUAUUUGCUUUAUUAUUUUCCGAAUUGUAUAUAUAAUAUAAUAUAUAUUAUUUCGUUAUAAAUGUUAACUUCGUUAUGUAUCAGGUGAUACAUGCUAAGAGUAGAAUUCCUCUGAUGUAUUCAUUCAAUAACAAAAAUUCUCUUUCCUUAUUAACAAAGUGUUUGGAUUUCAAACUUGUAUGCUAUCAUUAUUAUUAUACCAGAAACUCGCUUUUAAUUUUUGAUACUUCAAAUUUAACCUACACAUGUGUAAUGUCCAGAGCUUUUGUUAUCCCAUCAUAUAGCUGCAGCUCAUUCAUGUGAUUACAUUAAAAAUACAUUUGAUCCUUAAAUAAAUGAAAAAAAGAGUAUUUUCCACAUCCUGGUUGUCCGACAUGCGUGUCCUACAUAUCUCUGCACCUGAACCGUUGCACAUCAUAUUGGAUUAAAGAGAGAUGGAAAUAGUGACUGACCAAUGAAAAACCAAGGUAUUUGGACUACCUUAAUCGUUUAAAAAAUUAUAUCUCCUUGUGUCUUGUAAAUAAUAAUGAUAUACGUAAAUUCGUCAUUAUCUAAGGUUUUCAAAUUUAUUAUUGGUGUUUAUAAUAAAUAGAAAAACUCUUUUUCGUGUUGACUAGA